UCGGCUCAGUGUCGCACAGAUCACUUUGCUGCUGACAACCGGACUUUGUCCUUCUCCCUGAUGAGGAAGUCGGUGGCUGAGUGCAGGAUUAAAAUAUCACUCGCAUUUGUACUAAAUAAUACGGAAGGAAGUGACAUUCGACGGCCAAACAUUGUAGGUGUGUCAGCUCCGCACUCAGGAUGUUCAGGAGCAACAGUCCCUUUGGCAAUGACACCAGCAGCUACACGGGAUCCAUUCAGUCGAAUGGUUACUCCAGCAGUAUGGAUGAGGCGUCGUCACAGGCCUCAGGUCUGUCGAAGCCCAGUGCAAAGUCAAUUUACUUGCAAAGGAUGGAGUACGCAGCGUCCAUGAACAAGAUGAUGAACAGAUUUCAGUACAAAGUGGAGCAUUUGUUCACCUGCGACCUGGAUGGGAAGGAGCUGAGAAGCAUAGCUGACUGUGUGGAGCGUCUGAAGCUGCUGGACGGGAUGGGUCGAGUGUGGGGACAGAACAUGGUGCUGGAGGUGCACGGGCUCAACCUGAUGUUCAAGGACAUUGAAACCAAGGAGGAGCUUGAGUUGAUGGCCCUCAGUGACAUUGUGGAGCUGAAGGCCGUGCACAACACUGGCAUGUUUGACUCCCUGCUCACUAUGUCCGUCCAGCGUGUGAGAAAAAAGACCACCACGGUCUUCAUGUUCCUCUGUGAGGACGUCAGGGCUGACUAUAUUCAAAGGGAUCUCUCACAAGCACUGAUCCGCCGAAGAGCGUAUCCAAGCUUCUUCAGCAGUGCAGGAGUUAGAGCCAGAAACGACAGAGUGAAAAACCAUCACAAUGCAGCAAACACCUACGAACCCAGAGAGCCGAGGCCUGCAGCUCCUCCUGUGCCUCCGUACGAAGAGGAUGACAUGCGUGAGCCGGAGCUGGUUGUGCCUCAGGUGGAAGAGGAGGAGGAGGCGGCUUCACCUUCCAAAGAGGAAGCACCAUUACCAAAGCUCCCCAGUGCUGAAGAAGAACGACAGCCUCCUCCUCGCCAGUACACAGAGCUGGACAGGAGUGUGGAUAUCUUCAAUCAUGUUCUAAGUGACAUUGAGAUCUUCAUGGGGCAGGUCGCCGCCGUUGUGGCGAAGAAUGCAAAGAAAAAGAAGAAGAAGAAAAAAGGAAAAGUCAUGGACGGCAUGCCACCUAUGGAAGAGUUCGCAGAGUGUCUCCAUAAAAUCAAAUAUGGUUUCAACCUUCUGGGGGAGCUCAAUGGCAGGAUCAAUAACCCCAGCGCUCCUGAAUUUGUUCACGCCCUCUUCUCCUCAUUGGCAUUUGUGAUAGUUCACUGUCCCAAGGAUCUGCCACCGACCAUUGUGGCUCCGCUGCUGAUACCUCAGUGCAUCCGCCUCAUGAGUGAAGAGGCGUCUGCAGAGGAGGACCAGCUGUGGCAGUCUCUGGGAGACGCCUGGAACAUCCCCAGUACUAAAUGGCCUGAGGAUGAUGAGGACAUCCCCACAUACACUCCAAAGUUCUCUGAUGGCUGGCAGGCCCCUGAAGUAGCUGCAGCACCUGCACUCAGUGAAGCUGUGAGCAAACAGGACAUUCCACGACCUGCACCAGGCCAGACUUCAGCCAACUGGACGCCAGCACACCACCCACAAAAAGCACGCUCAGGUGAAUUCCAACCACGUCGCAUACGUGUUCUGUAUGACUUUGUUUCAAGAAACCCCAGAGAGAUCACCGUCAGAAAGGGGGAAAUGGUUGAGCUGCUGGACAUGUCAAAGCAGUGGUGGAAAGUGAGGAACAGCAAGGGGGAGGAAGGAUUUAUACCAAAUAAUGUCUUGGAGGCUCAAGACGAACAACAAAACAUGGAACCCAAAGCCAAUCCUGUCCUCACCAGGAAGUCCAACCCUGCAGAAGUGAAAGCCUGGCUGGAAGAAAAGGACUUUAGUAAAAUCACUGUGCGCUGCCUGGGCGUCCUGAGCGGCCCGACGCUCCUCGGGAUGACCAGAGAGGAGCUGAAGAUGGUGUGUCCAGAGGAAGGAGGACGAGUCUUCUUCCAGCUACAGGCAGUCAAGUCCACCAUCACUGCAAGUUACUGACCACAGCGCGUCAUCGUUCGUCUCUGCUGUCUGUCUGGACAGGUCAUUAUUAUUAUCAUCAUUAAUAUUACUGUCAUCAUCAUCCCAAUGAUGGGUACCAGUGGGAACACGGCACCUCUCGGUCAGUUUUGUGUUUCGACACUUUAGGCUGCCAGGUAAAGACCAACAAGAGGACAACUAGGAAGCAGGAGGAGGUUUUGUGUCCUCCUUUUGUCAACGUUUACAAAAAAAAGUGCCAUAUAUUCUAUCAAAUAACUUAACUGUCACUUUGAAAGUUUUAUCAGUGAAACUGUCUGGUGCCAAGAUUAAAUCUGUUAUCUGUGUAAAUAUAAUUAUAGUAGGCAACAAAUGCAGUGUAACAAUGUGAAUUAUGUAAAUAAGUUUCCCUCAGCACGAUGACUCGGUGAAUAAACAUGCUUUAUUUUAUUGUUCAGACAUUACACAUGAACCUUAUCACUAGCAUUUGAAUGUGUGAAACACAGAUCAUCCAUUUGGGACAAAAAACAAAGUGGCUGCAGAUCAAUGGAAACAAUAUUAGGCUAGAUCAGAAAAUAAAAACCUGUGUCAACAAGUAACAAGAAGUUGUAAGUGUAAAAACAAAUACAUUUCAUGAGAAUAUCAAAUGAACACAAGCAUAACUUGAGAGUGAACACUGUGAAGUAUGGUACACAGAAAUAAAACAAGCCGAACGUCUACACAGCAGAAAAUGUUCAUAUAAGAUUAUUAAAACUAUUAAUCUGUGAAUAAUA